AUGGGAGGUAGUAAGAUGCCUGAAGUGUAUGAAACUAAAGUCGAAGCUGGGAUGUCUUCUCUUGCGAUUACCAGCACAAGUCCCCACUACAAUACUCCAGUUCAAGCGCCGAUUAUAUCUUCCUACAAUAACCACAUCAGGCCGUUCCUUGACAUUGUGGACAGGCUGAGGAACCUGAAUGUCAUGAAAGAAGGGAUCCAGCUUCCCACCAUUGUCGUUGUUGGAGACCAAUCCUCUGGAAAGUCGAGUGUUCUCGAGUCCUUGGCAGGAAUCAGUUUGCCUCGUGGGCAAGGAAUCUGCACGAGGGCUCCUCUUGUGAUGAAGCUUAAGCGAAGUGCUAGCUCUGAACCUGAGAUCUGGCUCAAGUACGGUGAGAAAGUUGAUCAUACGGAUGAGGAGCACAUCACUGAAGCUAUUUGCACAGCAACGGAUGCUAUCGCAGGUAGGUUUUCACUUUCGAAAUCUGGCCAUUAG